AUGGAGUUUUUAAUAUUGUUCAUUUUUAAUACUUUCACACUAGCAAUGUCUAAGCACAUCGAAUUAAUUCCGGAACUAUGCAAAGCAGGUGAUUCAUUUAUGGUAAAUCAUCGAAAACCAACCAUUCAUGGUAUUCUCUCAGCAUUGGUGAAUACAAAUAAACAAUGUUUGAGUAAUUAUUCGUUAUUAAAGGUCAAGAGAAACGGUGGAAUUGUAGAUUUUGAAAUUUGUUAUGAUGAGUUAUCAUUGAAGACAAUUUACGUAAAAUUUGAAAUCGAUGGCAUUUCACUUAAAAAGUUUGUAACUGUGAUUAUACCACCAGUUUCGAAUCGAAAUAUCAAUUUGUAUCCGGAAAAUAUAGCGUGUUUUUAUACAAAAAACCAUCAAACAGCUCUAUUUAAGUAUAUAUAUAACAACGGAGAUACGAUUACUGAUUCAUCAUUUUUAACCGAAGGACAUUUAGCAAGCAAUGCCGAUUUUUCUGAAAACUUUAAGCAACUGGGAACUUUUUUUUAUGCUAACAUAACGCCUCAAUGGAAAUCCAUUAAUCAACAUGCGUGGGCACUUAUUGAAUCUGCCAUUAGAUCGUAUGCGAUGGAUAACGACAAGAAGCUGGAAGCGUACGCGGGCACGCACGGACAGGCGAUGGUGAACGGACAGCCGCUGUUCCUGUCGGGCGAUGGUCGUAUGCCUGUGGCCUCGUGGCUGUGGAAAGCCGUCGUCGACCGGUCCACUGGCGCCGGCAUCGCGUUCGUCUGCUCUAACGACCCGUUUGAAAGGGCGGCCAGCCCUCCCUGCGGCGACAUGGACGUUUGCGUGGACGGCCACUGGCACGCCGCAGUGGUGGCCGGCUGGUCGUUUUGCUGCACUUUGCAACAGCUCGUGGAGACGGUCCCGGGGGCGGCGGCGGCCAUAGUCGGUGGCGCCGGUGUGAAGUUGUUGAAAAGACAGUCAGCUUGCACCGCCACCGACGUCUCCCGAGAGCGCGGCGACGACGGACGACGAUGA